CCAUAAUCCACCGCGGCGCUGGUCUGUGAGUCACAUGACCCUGACAUUAAAGCGGAAAUGAAAGCUAGCGCUUCACAGUCUCACGGCAGACAAAAGGGCUGUGAUGUGAUGUGAUGUGAUGAUGGCAGCUGCCAGUGUGUCUCAGUCUGCCAACGUUCAGGCCUCAGAGAAAUCACAGUUGACCUUGAAAGUGUUGUCUGCUAAGCCUCAGUCUCCUAAACUCCCCAAUCGUCACUCUCGUUUGAGUUCAUUUGUGGAAGUGACCGCUGACGGCCUGACCAGUGAAACGAAGAAAACAGGCAAAUGCACCGGACACCUAGAGCUGCAGUGGAAUGAAGACCUCACCCUGAACGUGACUCCUCAGAGUCGUUUGGAUCUGAAGUUGUGGAGUUGUCGGAAGGAACUGAAGGAACUUCUGGGCAAUGCCACCAUUGACUUACUGGACACUCUACGAACACAUGAUGGCAAGAUGGAGAAUGUACAGCUCAGUCUGCUUCUACAGACAGAGAACAAAGGCUCGGUUGUAGCAGGAGGUGAGCUCAACGUCUGUCUGGACGGCCUGGUUGUUGAUCUAGGAUCUCUGCCCAGUGGCAGCGCUGCCCCAGACAAGAUAGUUCACUCGAGCAGGUCUAAUCUGCACAGAGCUCAUAGUGAAGAGACCCCGAGUACCAGCAGCCCCCGUGGACGAAGUUUAGCUCAUUCAUCUGUGGGUUCUUGUGGAGAUUCUCCAGCUGACGUCAGAGGAGCUGUUCUCACUAAUGGUGAACUGAACGGAGAAGCUGCAGACAACACAUGCCGCCGCAACUCAAAGACGGCCAUCAGCAGCCUGAGCGACGCUGGUAUAGGUGAGACGGCUGCUAAUGGGAUUGAGGGUGGUCAUCUAUCACGUCCAGCUCUGUCUUCACCCUCACUGAGCUCAACCCCCUCUGCUGGGAUGGACAGUUCUGCCCUGCCAGCAGCCACAGAGACCCCAUCCUCCACCGAUCAGACCAGUAUAGCCACAGAGACACACACCACUGAUGCAUUGCCUGCUGGUUGGGAACAGCGAAUUCUGCCUCAUGGACGAGUCUACUAUGUGGAUCAUAACACAAAGACCACCACAUGGGAGAGACCCCUCCCACCAGGUUGGGAGAAGCGUGUGGAUCAGCGCGGCAGGUUCUACUAUGUGGAUCACAACACCAGAACCACCACAUGGCAGCGGCCCACAGCCGAGUCUGUGCGCAACUAUGAGCAGUGGCAGUCUCAGCGCAGCCAGCUGCAGGGAGCCAUGCAGCAGUUCAACCAGAGAUACCUCUACCAGUCGUCUGGAGGUGUGGUGGAGAAUGACCCUCUCGGGGCUCUUCCUCCAGGCUGGGAGAAACGUCAGGACAAUGGAAGAGUGUACUAUGUCAAUCACAACACUCGAACGACGCAGUGGGAGGACCCUCGAACCCAAGGGAUGAUCCAGGAGCCGCCCCUGCCGCCGGGCUGGGAGAUGAAGUACACGGCAGAGGGGGUGCGAUACUUUGUGGACCACAAUUCUCGCACCACCACCUUUAAAGACCCUCGGCCAGGCUUUGAGUCGGGCUCAAGACAGGGUGGCUCUCCGGGUGCGUACGACCGCAGCUUCAGGUGGAAAUAUCACCAGUUCCGCUUCUUGUGUCAUUCCAACGCGCUGCCCAGUCAUGUGAAGAUCUCCGUAUCCCGACAGACUCUAUUUGAGGACUCAUUUCAGCAGAUCAUGAACAUGAAGCCGUAUGACCUCCGCCGGAGGCUCUACAUCAUCAUGAGAGGAGAGGAGGGCCUGGAUUAUGGAGGAAUAGCCAGGGAGUGGUUUUUCCUGCUGUCUCAUGAGGUGUUGAACCCCAUGUACUGUCUGUUUGAGUAUGCCGGGAAAAACAACUACUGUCUGCAGAUUAACCCUGCUUCUUCCAUCAACCCCGACCACCUCACCUACUUCCGCUUCAUCGGCCGCUUCAUUGCCAUGGCACUGUAUCACGGGAAGUUCAUUGACACGGGCUUCACUCUACCCUUCUACAAGCGCAUGCUUAACAAGAAACCCACCCUCAAAGACCUGGAGUCCAUCGACCCUGAGUUUUACAACUCCAUCAUGUGGGUCAAAGAGAAUGAUUUGGAAGAGUGUGGCGUGGAGCUGUACUUCGCUCAGGACAUGGAGAUUUUGGGCAAGGUGACGACACACCAGCUGAAGAACGAUGGAGAAAAUGAACUCGUCACUCAGGACAACAAGGAGGAGUAUAUUAGUCUGCUCACUGAUUGGCGCUUCACACGUGGGGUGGAGGAGCAAACGAAAGCCUUCCUGGAUGGCUUCAAUGAAGUUGUGCCUCUGGAGUGGUUGCGUUAUUUUGAUGAGAAAGAGCUAGAGCUCAUGUUGUGUGGGAUGCAGGAAAUUGAUCUGAAUGACUGGCAGAAGAACACCAUCUAUCGGCAUUAUACCAAAAACAGCAAGCAGAUCCACUGGUUCUGGCAGGUGGUAAAGGACAUGGACAAUGAGAAGAGAAUUCGCCUGCUGCAGUUCGUCACAGGAACUUGUCGCCUGCCGGUUGGAGGCUUUGCAGAACUGAUAGGAAGUAACGGGCCACAAAAAUUCUGCAUAGACAAAGUGGGGAAGGAAACCUGGCUGCCUAGAAGUCACACCUGCUUUAAUCGUCUGGAUCUGCCGCCCUAUAAGAACAUGGAGCAGCUCCGAGAAAAACUUCUGUUCGCUAUCGAGGAAACUGAGGGAUUCGGCCAAGAGUGACGAGACUGAUUAUAUCUCGGCAUGCGAAGGACAGGACCGACACAAUAAUUAACCAGUUUCUUUUGAAAAGGCCAUUAAUGUAGACUGAAUGAACAGACUUACAGUCUGUCAGAUUUACAGUUCAAUCAUUAGUUUACCUAAAAAUGAAAACUUAUUUUAUUUAUUCACCCUCACAUCAUUCCAAACCGAUAUGCUGUUAUUUUUCUGUGCAGCACAAAAGAAGAGUUUGGAGGAAUUGAUCGCUAUGAUUUGUUGUUGUACAGAAAAGAGCUGCGUGACGAUUCUUCAAACUUCAACGUUUGUGUUCCACAGAAUAAAUAACAGCGUGCUCAUACGUAAUGUCAUGAGGAUGAGCAAACAACAGCUUCAUUUUUGGGUUAACUAUACUUUUAAACAGCAAAGACGCUGAUGGACCAGCAGCAGAUAAAUGAUUUGUCUGAAUGUAAUAUUUCAUUUGGUCACUUCAGGGAAUGAUGAUUUCACCUUACAUUUCUAUGCAGAUAAAACAGUGCAAAUUAUGAAACACUUCACAGCAUAAUGUCAUUAACCAGAUUUGUAAAUCAAAUUAAAAUGAAUUCCCUGAACUGCCUAAAUCAAAAUGUAAUCAAUCCUGAUUUUCCAGUGUGAGGUGAAAUUCUCAAACUCACUGCUUAUAAUGCAGCAUCCAGUACAGAAUUAUUACUACUACUAAUAAAAUAAACCGCAGCGAAUCUUCAGUUGCAGAUGUCAUGGACCACAGAGAUGGGGCUCGUGUCAUAUCAGUGUGUGUAUAUGGACUAGAAGACCACUGAGAUAGAAAAUAAUUGUUUUAAAGAGAUUGAUCAGACAUGAUUUCAUUAUUUUGUGACAUGCCAUGCUACA